AAAUAGGUAUAGCGACACACAAGGUCACUGUAGCAGCAGACAACUAGUAGAUGUAGUUGUCGAUAGGAAAUGACAACACAUUUACAGUCUAGUUUGAUGUGUGUCCUAAUAUCCUUUCAGGUUGUAUUACUAUCAUCCAGUGAUCCACAUAACAUGAGGACGAACCCAACUUUUCUCCACUCAGGCUGCGGAGAGAGAAAGACGAUUAAACGAUAAGUCAGUCGGCAGAGAGAAAAGUUGACUUGGACCUGAACGGCUGCACUGUGUCAGACCAAGGAGUAAGGCAGAUACUGGGCUCUCUGAAGAACGUCAGACACCUUGGACCAUCCUCUGAUGAUUCAUCUGACCCCUCAAUGUUCUGUCAACUCUGGACAACUUUGCUGAGCAGUGAGGCAGAGAUGGACUUCACCACUUUACUUGGUCUCUGUGGAAAUGAGUUGCACCUUCCAGUCCAGGGUGAAAGACGAGUGUUUGAGAAAGCAGAAGAAGUGAUGAAACAGAGUCAAGAGGGGGUUCAUCUCUGUCUACACUGGGAUCAGAGAACUGUUCUCAGUGAAGGUCUCAGGGAUCAGAGAACUGUUCUCAGUGAAGGUCUCAGGGAUCAGAGAACUGUUCUCAGUGAACCUCUCAGCAAAACCAUUUUAAAGUGUCUAACAAAUAUCAACAAGCUCAGGUUUACCCCUCUACAGCAUCAGAGAGGAUCCCCUGAAAAACUGGAGACAGAAGAGAAAGCAGUCCUACUAGAUUUGUGUCUACAAGCAGCACUAGAUCACAGAGAAACGGUCCAGAGAACUGUGAAUACACUGCUUUCACUGUUCUCUGUGUAUCAAACUGAGAGAUGUGACAUCCUGCUGGAUCUGUACUCUUAUGUGAAGGACUAUGAGACUCAAACAGGCAGGAGUGUCCUUCCAGCAUUACAGCCAGUUUACAAGUCGGGUCCUGCAGUCUGGUCCAUAGACCUCUCAGAGAGAAAGGCCUCCCUCCUCCUAGAAGUGCUGAAACUCCAACCAGAGAAGAAACCAAUAGAGCUGAAGGGCUGGUCAGAUGAAGAGAGUGAAGUGAGGAGUUUCCUUCAGUGUCUGUCCUACAUCUCACAGCUGAGUUUUACUCCACCACAGGAUCAGAGAAGAUCCCCUGAAGAGAGGACAAAGAGAGAGAAGACAUUCCUACUGAAUCUGUGUCUUCAAGCACCUUUCCAUGAGAGAGGAACCAUACAAACAACUGUAGAGAAAGUGUUGUCACUGUCUAAAGUAUAUCACAACCAGAAAUGUGAUUUCCUGCUGGAUCUGUACUCUCAUGUGAAGGAUUAUGAGAUUCAAACAGGCAGGAGUUUCCUUCCAGCAUUACAGGUAGUUUACCAGUCAGAUCCUCCAGUCUGGUCCAUAGACCUCUCAGAGAGAAAGGCCUCCCUCCUCCUAGAAGUGCUGAAACUCCAACCAGAGAAAAAACCUGUAGAGCUGAAGGGCUGGUCAGAUGAAGAGAGUGAAGUGAGGAGUUUCCAUCAGUGUCUGGCCUACAUCUCAAAGCUGAGUUUCUGUCCAUUGUGGUCUGAUCCCUCAAAGCGGAUCAAGUUCCUGGUGGAUCUCCUGUCUCAAGCAGCAGAGUGGGAGGAGCAGACAGGAGAGAAGACACUGAACCUGGUAUCAUCAGUGUGUACUUACAGCACCUUUCCUUUUCUCAAUGGAGACAAUUCUCAACGGAGUGACUUCCUGCUGGAUCUGUACUCACAUGUGAAGGACUAUGAGACUCAAACAGGCAGGAGUGUCCUUCCAGCAUUACAGCCAGUUUACCAGUCAGCUCCUGCAGUCUGGUCCAUAGACCUGUCAGAGAGAAAGACCUCCCUCCUCCUAGAAGUGCUGAAACUCCAACCAGAGAAGAAACCAGUAGAGCUGAUGGGCUGGUCAGAUGAAGAGAGUGAAGUGAGGAGUUUCCUUCAGUGUCUGCCCUACAUCUCACAGCUGAGUUUCUAUCCAGACUGGUCUGAUCCCUCAAAGCAGAUCAAGUUCCUGGUGGAUCUCCUGUCUCAAGCAGCAGAGUGGGAGGAGCAGACAGGAGAGAAGACACUGAAGCUGGUAUCAUCAGUGUGUACUUACAGCACCUUUCCUUUUCCCAAUGGAGACAAAUCUAAACAGAGUUAUUUCCUGCUGGAUCUGUACUCAUAUGUGAAGGACUAUGAGACUCAAACAGGCAGGAGUGUCCUUCCAGCAUUACAGCCAGUUUACCAGUCAGCUCCUGCAGUCUGGUUCAUAGACCUCUCAGAGAGAAAGGCCUCCCUCCUCCUAGAAGUGCUGAAACUCCAACCAGAGAAGAAACCGGUACUGCUGAAGCGCUGGUCAGAUGAAGAGAGUGAAGUGAGGAGUUUCCUUCAGUGCCUGUCCUACAUCUCACAGCUGACGUUCUAUCCAUUGUGGUCAAAUCCCUCAAAGCGGAUCAAGAUCCUGGUGAAUCUCCUGUCUCAAGCAGCAGAGUGGGAUGAGCAGACAGGAGAGAAGACACUGAAGCUGGUAUCAUCAAUGUUUACUUACUGCAACUUUCCUUAUCCAUGUGGAGACGAUUCUAAACAGAGUGAUUUCCUGCUGGAUCUGUACUCACAUGUGAAGGACUAUGAGACUCAAACAGGCAGGAGUGUCCUUCCAGCAUUACAGCCAGUUUACCAGUCAGCUCCUUCAGUCUGGUCCAUAGACCUCUCAGAGAGAAAGGCCUCCCUCCUCCUAGAAGUGCUGAAACUCCAACCACAGAAGAAACCAGUAGAGCUGAAGGGCUGGUCAGAUGAAGAGAGUGAAGUGAGGAGUUUCCUUCAGUGUCUGUCCCACAUCUCACAGCUGAGGUUCGAUAAAUGUUGGUCUGAUCCCUCAAAGUGGAUCAAGUUCCUGGUGGAUCUCCUGUCUCAAGCAGCAGAGUGGGAGGAGCAGACAGGAGAAAAGACACUGAAGCUGGUAUCAUCAGUGUGUACUUACAAAAACUUUCCUUAUCGCUAUGGAGACAAAUCUAAACAGAGUGAUUUCCUGCUGGAUCUGUACACACAUGUGAAGGACUAUGAGACUCAAACAGGCAAGAGUGUCCUUCCAGCAUUUCAGCCAGUUUACCAGUCAGCCAGUCCUGCAGUCUGGUCCAUAGACCUCUCAGAGAGAAAGGCCUCCCUCCUCCUAGAAGUGCUGAAACUCCAACCAGAGAAGAAACCUGUAGAGCUGAAGGGCUGGUCAGAUGAAGAGAGUGAAGUGAGGAGUUUCCUUCAGUGUCUGUCCUACAUCUCACAGCUGAGUUUCUAUCCAGAUUGGUAUGAUCUCUCAAAGCAGAUUGAGUUCCUGGUGGAUCUCCUGUCUCAAGCAGCAGAGUGGGAGGAGCAGACAGGAGAGAAGACACUGAAGCUGGUAUCAUCAGUGUGCACUUACAGCACCUUUCCUUAUUGCUAUGGAAAAAAUUCUUAUCAGAGUGAAUUCCUGCUGGAUCUGUACUCACAUGUGAAGGACUAUGAGACUCAAACAGGCAGGAGUGUCCUUCCAGCAUUACAGCCAGUUUACCAGUCAGCUCCUGCAGUCUGGUCCAUAGACCUCUCAGAGAGAAAGGCCUCCCUCCUCCUAGAAGUGCUGAAACUCCAACCAGAGAAGAAACCAGUAGAGCUGAAGGGCUGGUCAGAUGAAGAGAGUGAAGUGAGGAGUUUCCUUCAGUGUCUGUCCUACAUCUCACAGCUGAGUUUCUAUCCACAGAGGUCUGAUCCCUCAAAGCAGAUCAAGUUCCUGGUGGAUCUCCUGUCUCAAGCAGCAAAGUGGGAGGAGCAGACAGGAGAGAAGACACUGAAGCUGGUAUCAUCAAUGUGUACUUACAGCACCUUUCCUUUUCCCAAUGGAGACAAAUCUAAACAGAGUGAUUUCCUGCUGGAUCUGUACUCACAUGUGAAGGACUAUGAGACUCAAACAGGCAGGAGUUUCCUUCCAGCAUUACAGACAGUUUACCAGUCAGCUCCUGCAGUCUGGUCCAUAGACCUCUCAGAGAGAAAGGCCUCCCUCCUCCUAGAAGUGCUGAAACUCCAACCAGAGAAGAAACCAGCAGAGCUGAAGGGCUGGUCAGAUGAAGAGAGUGAAGUGAGGAGUUUCCUUCCGUGUCUGUCCUACAUCUCACAGCUGAGUUUCUGUCCACGGAGGUCUGAUCCCCCAAAGCAGAUCAAGUUCCUGAUGGAUCUCCUGUCUCAAGCAGCAGAGUGGGAGGAGCAGACAGGAGAGAAGACACUGAAGCUGGUAUCAUCAGUGUGUACUUACAGCACCUUUCCUUUUCCCAAUGGAGACAUUUACAGAGACAAUUCUAAACAGAGUGAUUUCCUGCUGGAUCUGUACUCACGUGUGAAGGACUAUGAGACUCAAACAGGCAGGAGUGUCCUUCCAGCAUUACAGCCAGUUUACCAGUCAGCUCCUGCAGUCUGGUCCAUAGACCUCUCAGAGAGAAAGGCCUCCCUCCUCCUAGAAGUGCUGAAACUCCAACCAGAGAAGAAACCAGUAGAGCUGAAGGGCUGUUCAGAUGAAGAGAGUGAAGUGAGGAGUUUCCUUCAGUGUCUGUCCUACAUCUCACAGCUGAGUUUCUAUCCAUGGGGGUCUGAUCCCUCAAAGCAGAUUGAGUUCCUGGUGGAUCUCCUGUCUCAAGCAGCAGAGUGGGAGGAGCAGACAGGAGAGAAGACACUGAACCUGGUAUCAUCAGUGUGUACUUACAGCACCUUUCCUUUUCCCAAUGGAGACUAUUCUAAACAGAGUGAUUUCCUGCUGGAUCUGUUCUCAUAUGUGAAGGACUAUGAGACUCAAACAGGCAGGAGUGUCCUUCCAGCAUUACAGCCAGUUUACCAGUCAGCUCCUGCAGUCUGGUCCAUAGACCUCAGAAAGAGAAAGGCCUCCCUCCUCCUAGAAGUGCUGAAACUCCAACCAGAGAAGAAACCAGUAAAGCUGAGCGGCUGGUCAGUUGAAGAGAGUAAAGUGAGGAGUUUCCUUCAGUGUCUGCCCUACAUCUCACAGCUGAGACCGAACUCAGGCAUUCUGCAACAGCUGACUGUAGUUGUGUAUGAAGCUCAGGACAAGGACUUGACUCAGUGGUUCCUGGAGAAGGUUGGUGGAGACCUGACCUCCUGCAGGCUGGACUGGGAAGUGCUUCUCUCUCUGCUGCAGCUUUCAACCCACAACAUCACUGUGGACCUCAGGAAGAACAGGUUUCUAGAGAAGAACAUCUCAGAUCUUCUCCCCUUUCUGGGAAGGGUUACUCUCAAGAGCCCCAGCAAAGCUCUGCUACUUCAGCUGCUGGACCUUGUGUGUGAGGGGAUUGAAGAGGGGCUGCUGAGGCACACAGAGUCCCUGUGGAGAGCCCUGGAUGGGGAGCUGGACCUCAGUGAGACCAGGCUGGACCAGAAGGCCUGUGGAUCUCUGGCCCUGGUUCUGGAACACUCAGAGGGUCUGUCAAAACUGGACCUCAGCCACUGUCAACUCACAGACCACCACCUACAGCCCCUGAUCACACACCUGCAUAAAGUACAAGUCCUGGACCUGAGCCACAAUGACAUCACUGAUGCUCUGACUGACAGAAUACUCCAACUGGUCUCUACCAACACUUCAAUACACACCGUACGACUCUUCAACAACAGAAUCAUGAACAGAACCGCUUUCCUGACAGAGGAGAGGUUUGAGAUCUGAUUAAACAUCAGGUCUUGGUCCAGGAAGAGGAAGAGAUGGCUGUUAGGUCUUAGUCCAGGAAGAGGAAGAGAUGGCUGUUAGGUCUUAGUCCAGGAAGAGGAAGAGAUGGCUGUUAGGUCUUAGUCCAGGAAGAGAUGGCUGUCAGGUCUUAGUCCAAAUAAAAUGUUAUUGGUUACAUACACAUGGUUAGCAGAUGUUAUUGCAAGUGUAGCGAAAUGCUUCUAGAUCCGACAGUGCAGCAGUAUUUAACAGGUAAUAUCAAACAAUUCCACAACAAAAACCUAAUAUCUAACAAAUUCCACAACCAAACCUAAUACACACAAUAUAGCAAAGGAAUGGGAUAAGAAUAUAUAAGUGUACAAUAUAUGGAUGAGCAGUGACAGAGCGGCUAAGAUGCAAUAGAUAAUAAAGAAUAGUUAGUGAAGGAUACAGUAUAUACAUAUGAGAUGAAAUGGUCUAAUGUUAAAAUGUUUAACAUUUUUGAAUGUUUAGGAAGUAAUGGGAAGAAUAGGUUCGAGUGGGAUUAUAAUUGAGUAGGGAAUGUUAAUGUUUAAAAAUGUAUGUUUAGAAAUAAAUGGUUUAAAAGUGAAUGAUAAUGGAGUGUACUAAGAACACACAGGAGAAGGGUACGACUCUAUUAGCUGGUAGAACCUUAAGCAGUUAAGGACCUGUGGACUGUUGGAAGAAGAUUUUUGCUGUAGCUUUUUAGCUUGAAAUAUAUAUCUUUUUUAUUAUUCUCAUAUUUAGAUUUUUAUUAUUCUCUUUUAAAGUAAAAUUCUAGGAGGGAUCCUUAAGGUUACCUCAUUGAUAGAAGUGUGUUAAAGUAACUGGUAGAAUUUUUAGACGCCAACUGAGGGACUGAUCAUCCUGAGGGGGGAGACAAAAAACAGUUUAUAAAGUUGUAGAAGGUAAGAACCUGUUUUUCUAUGUAUUAAUUACUGUGCUUCUCAUAAAGUUGUAAAAUACAAAAAAUAUUUUAAUGUCAUACCUCAAUAAGGGUAUAGUUAAGGGCGUUGAAGGUGUCUAUCAAUUUUAUGUACUGUUGAUGUUGCUUAUCAUUGAUUGGUGAUAUUGAUUUGUGAUUGACUGAUUGAUCUGGGAUUUUGAAUAAACUUUAUUUUUCUGAAA